GGGGCUAAGUGUAUCUGCUCUAAAGUACAGAUGGUUAUCUAAUAAGUUGCUCAAUUUUGAGUUUCUUGUACACACGGAGUUUUUACAGAUUUUUCGAUUUCUCCGGUUGCAACAGUUACCCUCUCUUGAUUUCUUCGCCCUACAGACGAAGAGCCUUUUGUCUCAUUGAUCUAUUUCUAUGGGUUCCACCAUGUCGUCUGUAGAGCGGAUAACUGUAGAAUAUGCCUAAAAUCGUUGUUUAGUUGCAUUCCUCUUAUUUCUUCACGUUUUUCAGUUUUUGGGUUCGUAGUCUCUCUCAGGCAUCCUUUCUCUUUCCUCAUCAUCUCCUUUUCAAAAUCUAAUUGAUUGUCCACCCUCAGGCAAAAUUUGGGAGUUGUCGACCGUUUGGGUGCUCAAUUCGCUAAUGAGUAUGUAUGAACCAGCAAAAUAGCAGAAGAAUCCACUCAAAUUCCACUGUGUACAAAUAGCUCAGCCUUGGUCUCUGUUAAUUGAUAGACACGCUCUAUCUUCUUUCCUUUUCUUUGCUUCAUCUUAUCUGGGUUUCUUCCAAAAUGGGAAAAAAUCAAGCCUACAAAGCUAUGCAGAGGGCGAGACUGGGUUCAAGCUCGGCCGGGCCGGAAGAGAUGGAAGACGGCAUGGUGGAUGGUUCUUUUCAUUCACCAGAGUGGCAUGCUGCUCGUUUGGCUAGUCUCAAAACUUCUCACACAAUUACCUGGGAAGAGUUCAAACAGAAACAGAAGGAAGAUGAAGCAAGAAAAGGAGAGUUGGAGGCAGAUAAAGAUAGGAUGAUGAGAGAAUACAGAGCUCAAUUAGAUGCUGAAAGGGCAAGCAAGCUUGCCCAUGGGAGAAACCAUUCUAGCAGUAAGUCUGGUCACAAAAAAGAUAGGAAGGACAAGGAUUUGAAGAAAAGGAGCAGCAAAAAGAGAAAGCAUUCAAGGAGAAGAUCUUCUGAAUCAAGUUCCUCGUCUUCAAGUUCAUCAUCCGAGUCUUCCAGCAGUGAAGAUGAGAGGGAAACCAAGAGAUCCAAAUCAAGGUCAAAGAGAAGAAAGGAAAGAAAGCACAAGUCGAGAACAAAGCAUUCUAGUAGCGAUACUGAAGAGAACAACGGCCCUUUGCCACUUUCCAGAUUCUUUGGGAGCAUGAAGAGCUAAUGGGCUCUCAAAGGUUUCUUUGUAUCUUAUUGAUCCCCCUGGCGGUGGAUGAGUGGAGUGUUCUUUCUCCGUUCUUAUCAAAACGAGCUUGAAUUUCUUCCUUGUCAAAAAUUUUUCUUUUUUCUUUGGUUAAGAUAUUUGCUUGCCUUUUUUUUGGUAAAAUUUAUCUUGUAAGUUAGGAUAAAAAUGUCUAAUAAAAAGAAGUGAAGAUCAAAAUUCUCAGAAUGAUACAACUAAGCUUGGGAGAUAACUGAUAAAGCAAUUGCAGUAUAUAAAACUGCCCUUGGGUUAAUAUCAAAUUAUUGUACUUUUGUUUCA